UUUAGUAACCACUACAUCAGAAAUAGGCUCCAAAGUUCUAGCGAGAACGCAAUGGAGAAGUAAGGCCCUCAGUAAUAUAUUUCAUCUUUGACUGCAUCCUUGAAAAUAUAUGAGGGAGUAUUUCUGGGGAAAACUCUCGCCCUCAUACUACUUUUCACGGGCGCACGUGAUAGAGGAUCUACGGACAGUUCUAAGAAAGGGCUGCAGGAGUGAACACGGAUCGCCUGAUGAGAAUCGAGCCGCGAUAUUAAGGCUACCGCUGAAGCAUCCUCAGCAUCAACCUUGCCCUAUUUCUCAAGGGGAAAUAGAAGAACUUCUGUCCAAGGAUAAGAUUAAGAGUAAUGAUGAUUUAAGAUUACUACUACUUGGCUGCAUAUGAGGCACCUUUCCUACACGGGACCAAUAAUUUGAUGGUAUGGUACCAAGAAUUUGCAAUAUUCAAGAUGCGACCGCGGUAGCCCUAACGGCACCUAAACGACGCAGAUUCUUCAGCCUUUUGGACCGGAGAGACCGUUUACGCGAAUCAGCGCACUUCGAAGCAAGUGGUGACACUCGGGGAAUUGGGGGAGUGGGCAACACUCGACGACGCAGGAUUCGACAGUGGCCAACAGAUGCAAAUCUUGGAUAGAUUUAAGAUGAUGUAGUUUUUACCCUUUUCAUUUUCACUUUCCAGGAUAAUUUAAGGUGAUUUCCUCCUCCCGGAAGCUAUCUCACCCCCCGUUUUCUUUUCCAUACAAUCAAGGCACUAGACCAGCAGUCACUAUAUCAAAUCUUCUCUAGUAACCACUUAAGGAGGAUGCUCUAAUAGAUGGGGAAACUCUGUCUGCACCAACUACAACGACUACGCGGACGAUGACGAGGGGAUGCGCAUGCGGUGCAAUGUUGGCGCGGAAGUUCUGGUCAAGAGUGGAAUUAAGGCAUGAAGAGGCUAGUACUUGUUCUUGUCUCAUAAUCUUAUGCGUGUUAUGGAGAGUAAGUAAUUUUGAUGUUAGUGAGGUAGGCUCUACUGGAAGGAUAAGUGAUAAUCUCAACGAGGACGGAACGCUCUUUCCCUGCGAAAGUGAGCUCCUCUCCAUAUGUGGCAUUAUACCUUGACAUGGCUCGUGAGCUGCAUUUCUAAGUAUGGAGGUGGCUACUUGUCCCUCGACGCUUCGGUAGCAGAAGGCCAGGCUGCAACGAUUGACAUCGAAGAUCAAUGGUCAUUAAGGCAUCCUCGGUGUGAGGGAAUCCUCAACGGCAGCAUCCUCAGCAGCAAAAUUCUCGGGUAUUUUUCUACUUUUGUGGAAGGGCCUCUUUCAGAUUCCUCCAAGGAUGCUGCGUGUGGGGGAUGCUGUGUGUGGGCGCGGUAGCUCUAAGGCGAGGAACAAAACCAGCAAGUCUCAGG